UUUUUUUUUUUUUUUUAGAAAAAAUAUGAUUUUGAAGAGUGCAUGUAUACUCCAUUUUUUAAUUACCGGGUCUGUAAAACAAUUGGGAGCUUCUAUUAAUACUCGGUGGUUUGCCACGAUGUCCGAAUUACUUAACAAAGUUCCUGAUGUAGAUAUCGAUGCAAGUGGAAAGUUUAAAUAUAUGUUACUUAAUAUUCAUGAUAAAACCAACGAUGCCUUCAAACCAGUCGUUAGAGGUUAUACUAAAGCAGAAUGGCAUGACAAUGUUUACGAAGAGACUACAAAACAAUUGAAACAGUAUCCUGAUCUUGAAGUGGAAAGCUUGGGUGGUGGAAGAAUACUACAUGAUCCAGAAAAAAAAUCUAUCAAGGUUUAUGGUUAUUCGCAAGGAUAUGGAAAAGCCGAUCAUCAGGUAUCAGUCGAAUUGUUGAAGAAAAAAUAUACCGAUUACGAUAUUACAUAUUCGGAUGAUGGUUAUUAAAAGUAAGGCGGGAAAAAGGAAACAAAAGAAGUGUCUCUACUCGAUAUUAAAAUUCAGUUGAAUCUUUUCAUUUCUACAUGACUUGUUAAAUAUUUCAAUAAACGGAUUGAUAAAAAAUA